AUGUCUUCAGAGGACGACGACAUCACUAUCGAGGAGAGCGAGGAGGAGGUGUCUGAUGGCGAGCCCAUCGCCACCACCACCACCACCACCACCGCCAAGAAGUCGACGAACACUAAGGGCUCUAAUAAGCGAUUAUCAGUGGAGCGGAUCUACCAGAAGAAGUCACAGUUGGAGCACAUCCUCCUGCGUCCCGACACUUACGUCGGGUCCGUCGAGAAGGAGACCAAACAAAUGUGGGUCUACGACGAGGGCGUAGGCAUGCAGUUGCGGGACAUCUCAUACGUGCCCGGACUCUACAAGAUCUUCGACGAGGUGCUGGUGAACGCCGCCGACAACAAGCAAAGGGACAAAACCAUGUCUUGUAUUCGCAUUGAUAUCAAUCCCGACAAAAACGAGAUAAUAAUCUUCAACAACGGCAAAGGCAUACCAGUGAUCGAGCACAAGGACGAGAAGAUGUUUGUGCCGACAAUGAUCUUCGGCCACCUGUUGACGUCUUCCAACUACGACGACAACCAGAAGAAGGUGGUGGGCGGCCGUAACGGCUACGGCGCCAAACUCUGCAACAUCUUCAGCACCCGUUUCAAAGUGGAGACCAGUUGUAAGGAAUACAAGAAGGCGUUCACUCAGGUGUGGACCGACAACAUGAAGGCCGCCACUGAGCCCAAGAUCAGCGCUUCCGUGGGUGAGGACUACACGCGAGUGACGUUCUGUCCCGACCUCAAGAGGUUCGGUAUGGACGCGCUCGACAAGGAUAUAGUGGCGCUGUUCUCGCGCCGGGCGUACGACUGCGCCGGCAGUUCUAAAGGGAUCAAAGUGUUCCUCAAUGGCCAGCGAUUGCCGAUCAAUGGAUUCAAGGCUUACUGCGAGCUCUUCGUGAAGGACAAGGAGGACGAGAACGGAGAGCCCCUGAAGUUGGCCCACGAGGUGGUGAACGAGCGCUGGGAGGUCGCCGCCACUGUCAGCGACAAAGGCUUCCAACAGGUCUCGUUCGUGAACAGCAUCGCCACCACCCGGGGCGGCAAACACGUGGACUACAUCGCCGACCAGAUUGUGGCCAAAAUGGUGGAUAUAAUCAAGAAGAAGAAUAAGGCGGGCGUUAACAUCAAGCCCUUCCAAAUCAAGAAUCAUUUGUGGCUUUUCGUGAACUGUCUCAUCGAAAACCCGUCGUUUGACUCGCAGACGAAGGAGACAAUGACUUUGCAGUCCAAGAGCUUUGGAUCAAAGUGUGCGCCGACGGAGAAGUUCUUCGCGGCCGUCAAUAAGAUCGGAGCCGUGGAGUCCGUGAUGUCUUGGGUGCGGUUCAAGGCCCAGACGGAGCUCUCGAAGCAGUGUAACGCCAAAAAGCAGUCGAAACUGAAGGGUAUUCCCAAACUGGAGGACGCGAACGACGCGGGCACUAAGCACUCGAUCGACUGCACGCUUAUCCUAACGGAGGGCGACUCAGCCAAGUCGCUGGUGGUGGCCGGCCUGGGGGUCAUCGGACGGGACAAGUACGGCGUGUUUCCGUUGAGGGGAAAGUUGCUUAAUGUUAGGGAAGCGACGCAUAAGCAGAUCCUGGAGAACGCGGAGAUCAACAAUUUGAUCAAAAUCUUGGGCCUCCAGUACAAGAAGCAGUACUCAUCGGUGGACGACUUGCGGACUCUGAGGUACGGGAAGCUCAUGAUUAUGACGGAUCAGGACCAGGACGGCUCCCACAUCAAGGGACUGCUCAUUAACUUCAUUCACCACAAUUGGCCCAAACUCUUGGAACUGAACUUCUUGGAGGAGUUCAUCACUCCGAUCGUCAAAGUGACCAAAGGCUCGAACAUCAAGUCCUUCUAUAGUUUGCCGGAGUUUGAGGAGUGGAAGGGAGUGACCGCCAAUUGGAGCGCCUGGAGAGUCAAGUACUACAAGGGUUUGGGUACUUCCACGUCGAACGAGGCCAAGGAGUACUUCACGGAUAUGCGGAGACAUCGGAUUACCUUCAAGUAUUCCGGCGCUGACGACGAUCACGCCGUGAUGUUGGCGUUCAGCAAGAAAAUGGUCGAACAGCGCAAGGAUUGGCUGACCAACAACUUGGAGGAGCGCAAGAAUCGGCGCGAAAUGGGUUUACCGGAAGUGUAUCUCUACGAGAGUAACACCCGAAGCAUUUCGUACAAAGACUUCGUCAACAAAGAGCUCAUCCUAUUCUCGAAUAUGGAUAACGAGCGGUCGAUCCCCUCACUGAUGGACGGCCUGAAGCCGGGUCAGCGGAAAGUGAUGUUCACGUGCUUUAAGCGCAACGACAAACGCGAGGUGAAAGUGGCGCAACUGGCGGGCAGUGUGGGCGAGCACAGCGCCUACCAUCACGGCGAGGCCUCACUCAUGUCCACCAUCAUAGGGUUGGCCCAGAACUUCGUGGGCAGUAAUAACAUCAAUCUCUUGCAACCCAUCGGACAGUUCGGUACGCGAUUACAGGGCGGCAAAGACGCCGCCAGUCCUCGAUAUAUCUUCACAAUGCUGUCCCCAUUGGCGCGUAAGAUAUUCCCGGCGCUCGACGACCCCCUACUUAACAGCCUAUACGACGACAACGUUAAGAUUGAGCCCGAGUAUUACGCGCCGAUACUGCCCAUGGUUUUGGUGAACGGGGCGGAGGGUAUCGGCACCGGGUGGUCGACCAAAAUACCGAACUAUAACCCCAGGGAUAUCGUGGAGAACUUGCGGCGAAUGAUUAGAGGGGAACCGCCGGAACGGAUGCAGCCCUGGUAUAAAGGCUUUCGCGGAUCUAUUGUCCAAAUCGAUACCCAGAGGCAUGUCAUGAAUGGAGAGGUGGGUCUCUUGGAUGGCCAGUCGUUCGAGAUCACAGAACUGCCGGUCCGGACGUGGACGCAGAAUUAUAAAGAGUCCACUUUAGAGCUUCUACUGCACGGCAACGAAAAGACGGCCCCUUUUAUCAAUGAAUACAAGGAAUAUCACACGGAAUCGACCGUCAGAUUCGUUGUGGGCCUCACGGAUGCCAACCUUAAGAAGUCGUUGGAUUCCGGUAUUCAUAAGACAUUCAAGUUACAGACAUCGAUGUCCACCACAUCGAUGGUCCUGUUCGACCACAACGGGUGUCUGAAGCGGUACGAGACGCCCGAAGAGAUCAUCAGAGAAUACUUCCCGGUGCGGCUCGAGUUCUACGUCAAGAGGAAAGCCUACUAUGAAGGCAAACUGGAGGCCGAGGCCCUGAAACUGGAAAACCAGGCGAAGUUCAUACUCGAGAAGAACGACGGACUCAUUCGUAUGGAGAACGUGAAGAAGAAGGACUUCGUGCAGCAGCUGAUCGACCGGCGCUACGACUCGGAUCCGGUCAAGGCGUGGGUUAAGAAGAACGGUCUGACCGCAGCUGACGGACACCAGGAUAGGGCCGACGGCGACAGGAGCGCCGACGAGGCGUCGGACACCGAGGAGACUGUUCCCGAAGCGACCGCCGCGGAGGCGGACAAGAAGUACGACUUCGACUAUCUGUUCGAUAUGUCGAUGAGAAGUAUGUUAAGAGAACGCGUGGAACAGCUGCUGAAGCAGAGGGACGACAAGAAGGCGGAGUUGGAGGCGUUGAAGCGAAAGACGCCGGAAAUGCUGUGGGAGUCGGACCUCAAAGAGUUCGCCGAAGAACUGGAUUCCGUGGAGGAACAGGAGCGACAGGCCGGCGCCAAAGCGCUGAAACCCAAGGCCGCGGCCCAGAAGUUGGCGUCGAAACAGCUGAAGACGAAGAAAGUAAAUCUGAACCAAAGCCUGGAGUCGAAGCCGUCGGAUGUGGCGGAAAGGGUUGAGCCGAAGAUCGACGUCGAGAGCUAUAAGAAACCCGAGAAAGGCGUGAAACGACAGGCGAAGGACGCGAAGGAGGGCUCGAAGGCCACGAAAAAGAAGCCGAAGACCGGCGAUGAGAACAGUCCGGGCGGUGGCGACGAUCAACCGGUGGUCGAUAUCGACAGCGAUAGCGACGCUGAUGUCAAACCACUGGCUGAGCGAAUGGCCGACAAGAAGAAGGCGAAGCCGACGCUGCCGUCAGUCAAGGGGUGGCUCAUGAGUAGCCCUCCCGACCCGUCGACGGCUCCCAAAGCGGCCGCCGCUGCGCCCAAAGCGGAGCCCAAGAAAGCGACCAAAACUAAGCCCGAAAAGAGCGAACCGAUUGAGAAGAAGGCGCCGAAGAAGAAGGAGAAUAAGAAGACGACGACAACAGCGAAGGCGGCCUCGAAGAAGGGUAAGAAUCCGUGGUCUGACUCGGAGUCCGACGACGACGAUAACGACUACACCAUCGAUGACGACGACAGCGAUAGCGAUGACCGGAUCGUGCCGUUGAAGACCAACACUCGAGUGGUGAACAAACAGAUAGACUCCGAGUCGGACACCGAGAAGGAGACAUCGGUUGUCGAAGUCGACGAUUUGGUGUCGUUUAACGCCACUAAAGAGCUCGAAGAGCCCGAGGCUAAGAAGCCCAAGAAGAAGGAGUCGGAAGCGGUUCCCAAGAAGAAGAAGGAGACGGAGAAUAAGAAAUCGGAAGCGCUUCCCAAGAAGAGAGCCGAAGCGGUCGCUAAGAAACCGGCGCCGAAGAGGGCGGCGGCCGCUAAGGCGACGAAGAAGAAGAAUGUGUGGUCUUCGGACUCAGAGGACGACGACGACGACGAAGACUUCACAAUGGAUACCACGGAAGACAUCGAAGUCUAG